AUGAACGCGGUACACAGCCAGCAGGCCUCGGCCCCUGCCCCUACAACCAUCUCGUCUAAGGAUCCCAAGGCGGCGGCCGCCGCCGCGAGCGACAUGAACAUCGUCCGCAGGAAGCUGACCGGAUACGUUGGUUUCGCGAACCUGCCAAACCAGUGGCAUCGCAAGAGUGUGCGCAAAGGGUUCAACUUCAAUGUUAUGGUUGUCGGUGAAUCUGGCCUCGGAAAGUCGACGCUCGUGAAUACCUUGUUCAACACGUCCCUCUACCCGCCCAAGGAGCGCAAGGCCCCGAGUCUCGAUAUCUCCAAGACUGUAGCCAUCCAGUCGAUCAGCGCAGACAUUGAGGAGAACGGUGUGCGUCUGAGGCUGACUGUUGUUGACACCCCUGGCUUCGGCGACUACAUCAACAAUGACGAGUCCUGGGACCCCAUUGUUAAGAACAUUGAGCAACGAUUUGACGCCUACCUUGACCAGGAGAACAAGGUGAACCGCAUGAACAUCGUGGACAACCGGAUCCACGCUGUUGUAUUCUUCAUCCAACCCACCGGCCACUCGCUGAAGCCUCUCGAUGUUGAGGUCAUGAAGAAGCUGCACACCAAGGUCAACUUAAUUCCGGUCAUCGCCAAGGCAGACACUUUGACUGACGAGGAGAUCGCGGCGUUCAAGGCUAGGAUUCUCGCGGACAUCCAGUACAACAAAAUCCACAUCUUCGAGGGCCCCCGCUACGAGCUCGAUGACGAGGAGACGAUCGCCGAGAACGCCGAAAUCAUGUCCAAGGUGCCCUUCGCCGUUGUUGGUGCCAAUGCUGAGGUUAGCACGGCCGAUGGUCGCAAGGUUCGUGGGCGUCGGUACCCUUGGGGUGUCAUAGAGGUCGAUAACGAGGAACACUGCGACUUCGUCAAGCUGCGCCAGAUGCUUAUCCGAACACACAUGGAAGAGCUCAAGGAGCACACCAACAACCAGCUGUACGAGAACUACCGUUCCGACAAGCUUACUUCUAUGGGUGUGCAGCAAGACUCCAGCGUGUUCAAGGAGAUCAACCCGGCGGUCAAGCAGGAGGAGGAGCGCUCGCUACACGAGGCCAAGCUCGCCAAGAUGGAGAUGGAAAUGAAGAUGGUCUUCCAGCAGAAGGUCGCGGAGAAGGAGAGCAAGCUACGACAAAGCGAAGAAGAGCUGUAUGCCCGACACCGGGAGAUGAAGGAGCAGCUAGAGCGGCAACGACAGGAGCUAGAAGAGAAGAAGACGCGCAUCGAGCAAGGACGACCCCUCGAGGAGAAGGGCAAGAGGAAGGGUUUCUCGCUCCGUUAA